CGACAGCGACGACGAGGAAGAGGACGAGGAGGAGGAAGAGAAAGAAAAGAGUCUCAUCGUGGAAGGCAAAAGAGAAAAGAAAAAAGUAGAAAGGUUGACAAUGCAAGUGUCCUCCUUACAAAGAGAACCAUUUACACUUGCACAAGGGAAGGGUCAAAAACUGUGUGAAAUUGAAAGGAUAUAUUUCUUUCUAAGUAAGAAAAAAACGGAUGAACUUAGAAAUCUACACAAACUACUUUACAACAGACCAGGCACCAUUGCCAAAAUCUAAAAAAUCUCAGAGCAAAAGCAAUAAAAAGGAACGGAACAGUUCUGGGAUGGCAAGGAAGGCAAAGCAAACCAAGUGUCCUGAAAUUCUGUCAGAUGAGUUUAGUAGUGAUGAAGAUGACAAGAAAAAUAAGGAAGAGUCUUCAGAUGAUGAAGAUAAGGAAAGUGAAGAGGAGCAGCCACCAAAAAAGACAACUAAAAGAGAAAAAACUAAGCAGAAAGCUACUCCUAAAAGUAAAAAGUCUGUAAAAAGUGCUAAUGUUAAGACGGCAGAUAGCAGCGCCACCAAGAAGAAUCAAAACAGUUCCAAAAAAGAAACUGACUCUGAAGACAGUUCAGAUGAUGAGCCUUUAAUUAAAAAGUUGAAGAAACCUCCUACAGAUGAAGAGGUAAAGGAGACAGUAAAAAAGUUACUGGCCAAUGCCAACCUGGAGGAAGUGACAAUGAAACAGGUCUGUAAAGAGGUAUAUGAAAACUCUCCUGCUUAUGAUUUAACUGAGAGAAAAGAUUUCAUUGAAGCAACUGUGAAAGAGCUUAUUUCUUGAGAUGGAGUGUUCUCAUAUUUGAAGAUCUGAUUUAUCCCAUUAUACCAGCAAAGAGAAUGUAAUUUCCAAAUCCAUUGUGGUGAUAGAACUCACUGCUGACCUUGAGUGUUAUGUGACCUUGCUGUUUUGCAUUUCUAUGCCAUUUUUGAAGUCUUGCAUGGCAGUUAAUUGUCUCUUGCUUUUAUAGUUGUAUUUUGUACACUUUGGAUUUCUUUAUAUACGGUAUAAAUUCCUGAACUAUUGUGGGGUUUAGCGCACUUAACAUUAGCUUGCUUAAUACAUACUUUUAGUCAGGUAGAACAAAACUAUAACUGGCAUUUAUACAUGCAGAGAGACUACUGCAGUAUUUAGUAUAUGAAAUAUUUUGAAUACACCCCUCUUCUGUCAAGUGUGGAAAAUGAGUGACAGUGUUAUCACACUAGAUGACACAAGCUGUGGCUAUCCAGAUGAUGGCACUGGAAUUCCGCAUGUGUACAUAUGUCAGAAUUGUCAGCAUGACAGAAGUGACAGAUGUUAUUUUUAUAUUUUUAAAAAGCAAUUUGUUGUAUAGAAUGUUUUUUAUUUCUUUUUGUGCAGAUCAAUUUUUAAACUCAUGUAGGUAGUUAUCUUUAUACUUGUAAACUAAGGAAUGUCAGUGUUUUCAGCCAGUGUGACAGCAGUAGAAGUCAGGAGGUCAGUGAUGGGCGCUCUUAAGGAACUGACUAAUACUGCUUUGCCCUGAAAGUGUCAUAAAUUUAGUUGUAGUGUUAACUUCACAAGUGUCAUAAUUUUGAUAUUGAAGCACCAAAUCAACACAUCAGAGCUUCAAAAAUACUGGGAAAGGUGAAAUUAAAUACAAGCACAUUUUGUUUAUAGUAAGUGAAUGGAUAAUUUAUUAAAUGCUUUGACCCAUAAAGCAUACUAAUAAAUAUAGGAAACCUGGCUACCUUCAUUAUUAUGAUAAGUCUUGAGUGCAAUGGCAGAAGGUAAUGUGCAGGGAACAGCAAAGUAUUUCUCAAAAAUGAUACUUUUUAACAUUAAAGAAAUUGAACAUAUUUGUUAAAUCAAGGUUCUUGGAUUUUACAUUUUGGCCAAUUAAGACUCUAAAGUGACAAACAUCUGGACCACCCCUUAAUUUGAAAAACUGUUUUAAGUUGAUUGUCUUAACCAGCUUAUUAAAUAACCUAUCUAUAAAUUGUAAAACAUGUU